AUGGAUGGGGAAAACGAUAAACUGAUUUGUCAAAUCUGUAAAAAGAAAUACUCUAGUGUUUCGGCGAAAUAUCGCCAUUUGCGAGAUGUUCAUAAUGAACAACCUAUUGCAAAACAGACAGUGCAUAUAAAAUGCCCCAUUUGCCCUCAAGAAGAAAAAGUAGCUCUUGAGUCUCAUGAUAUGCUGAUUAAUCACUUACAGCAGAUUCAUUCUCUAAGUAUCAAGACAUCACUUUUUACUUUUAAGAAUGAAGAAGAAUUUGAGACUUGGAGAGCACUUGAUAACAGAAAUGUGGAUUACGUAAAACGAAGAGAUCGUAAAAUCAUAUGUAAUACAGGGGUGGAUGUUAAAUUUGUUGAAACACAUGUUGGUCAUGACGAUCUACUGCGAUCUAAACAUUUGACAAAGGACCAGCAGGAAAUGAUUGCUAGUAAAUUGGCAGCUGGAGUCACAAAAGAAAGAAUUUUGGAAGAUGCAAGAACUAUAACCGGCAAUAAGCUAGAAAGAAUUAAUGUGCUUAAAAGGGCAGAUCUUGCUUAUAUUAUAAGAAAAUUCAACAUAGAGAAGAGGAGACAUGAUGAUGACAUGGUUGCCACCACUUUAAAAGUGAAAGAGUGGAACAGUCAAGGAAAAAAUUAUGUUUUUUUGUUCAAGCAAAUUGGAGAAACCUACCCAGGAUUGAAGGCAGAAGACUUUGCUCUAGGAUUCAUGAACGAUGAUAUGGAGAGAAAGCUCAAACAAUUCAAAAGGAUAAUAUGCAUCGAUGGAACCCAUGGCACGAACUCAAGACAUUAUGAUCUGACUAUAGUUUUAGUCAAAGAUGAGAAUAAAAUCGGUUUCCCGGUGGCUUUCUUAUUAUCGAAUAGACUGGAUCAAACCAUCCAAAAUAUUUUUUUUGAUGCUUUGAAAUCUAAGAUUGGAGAGCCAGUGGACGCAGAAUAUAUUAUGACCGAUGAUGAUAUAAAAUAUUAUAAUGCAUGGUGUCAGGCAAUGGUAACUGAAAGAAAGCCAAGAAGGCUCCUCUGUACUUGGCAUGUUAUUAAGAAUUGGAAUAUACAGGGGAGAAACAAGUUGAAGAAUGUGGACAACAAAAAAGAGAUGAAAAAUAGAAUGCGAAAAAUUUUGAAGGAGACUGAUGUAUCAACAUUCCACAAGAUGAAAGACGAAUAUUUCAAGCAUUUGGAAGAAGGACAGGAAAAUGAAUUUUUGAAAUAUUUAAAGAAUUAUUAUUUCCAAAGUGAAGAAAGAAUCAUGAUGUGGGCUCACUGCCACAGAGUAAAUGUUGGGAUUAAUACCAACAUGGCUAUAGAAAGCCUGAAUAAAGUAUUGAAGUACAAUAAAAUGAGGGGAAAUCAGAAUUUACGGGUAGAGAAAUUACUGGACACUUAGGAGGAAUUGGUAAAUGAAAAGAUGUGGAAAAACAUUAUUGACACUGAAAGACCUUCUGCCAAUCAAUACCAGGCCAGAGUUAACCGAGAAGCUCAUUCGAAAGCAGAAAAUGGACUGACCGAUAAAGUAGUAUGCUUAGAAACUGGUGAGUUUAGAGUACCAUCGGAAUCCGUGAGUAAUAAAUUUUAUAUUGUGUCAUAUAAUGAGUUGUGUGAUAAGGAUUGCACAUCUCUAUAUUGCAUUAAGUGCAAAAUAUGCAUCCAUAGGUUUAGAUGUCAAUGUGCAGAGUUUACUAUAAAAACUGCCAUGUGUAAACAUAUACAUGCAGUUGCUCUGGUCGCAGAGAGAAGCGAUUCUGUUUUAGGUGUGAGAACUGUAAAUGAUGAUGAGGACAACAACUUAUAUAUAUGUCAACCAUCAACAAGUAGGGCUGCUUAUGAAAUGGAUGUCCAGAGUGUCGUAGGUGGAUCCAGUCAAAUUACAAAUGAUCCAAUAGAUUCUACUACAAAAGAUAUUGUAUUAGAACAAGCUAGAAUGCAGCUUGGUUUAUUGGAUGUGGGUACCCUUCGUAACAUUGCAAAAAUUAUUAGAGACGCUUAUAACUUGCAAUGCAAUAAUGCUUCUAC